UCGGUCUCUUGGUAGGUCCUGGUGGUUAUAGCGCGAGUUACCGUAGCAUUCAAUCCUCUCUCUCGCUGCCGUACUCUCUGUCGCCCUGUAGAUCGAACACUCUGCUCUCCGUCGUUCGCGCCCUGUCACUCUCUCAUUCUGUCGAUCGAACCCCUUCACUCCAUCUCUCCAUCUCUCUCUUUCUCUUUCUUUCUCGAUCGAACCCUCCAACAAACCCGAAGAAGAAGAGAGGUUUUCUGUUGGAUUCACAGCAGAGAAGUCCACAUUGUGAAUUUGAUGAAUGGCGCUUCCACAUCUAGCAACAGCAUUCGGGCAGCAUUAUCCUACUGCGUACAGCAAGUGCGCAGCUACGAUUACCACCACUACCUCUGCCUCCUCCAUCUCCCCCCAGCAGUGCGGAAGGCUGCAUUUGCGUUGCGUGCUUUCAAUGUAGAAACCUCCAGAGCCAUGGAUGUUGCCUCCGACCCCAAGAUUGGACUCAUGCGCCUCCUUUGGUGGCAAGAAGCAAUCGACAAAAUCUUCAGCAAGAAGUUAAUCGAGCACCCGAUCGCUCAGGCCCUCUCUUCAGUAAUUUCAGAACACAAAGUCACAAAGAGUUGGCUGAAACGGUCUGUUGAAGCCCGGAUAAAAGAUGCGAGCAGGGAAGAGAAUGGGAUCCUGGAAACAAUUGGAGAGCUUGAGAAAUAUGCGGAGGACACUAUGUCUACCCUCCUAUAUAUGACUCUCCAAGCUGGUGGGAUUCGAUCUACUGUGGCCGAUCAUGCAGCCUCUCAUAUUGGAAAGGCAAGUGGCCUCCUCUUGCUACUUAAAUCUCUACCAUAUCAUGCAAGUCGCGGUGGACAGUUUUCUUAUAUACCAAAAGAGGUAGCUGUGAAUCAUGGAUUGUUGGUCCAGCAGGCAGGUCGGUCAGAAAUCCGGGUGGAACCCAGUCAGGCACUGGCUGAUGCGGUUUUUGAGAUCGCAUCGGUUGCUAGUAUCCAUCUGCAGAAGGCUCGGGAGUUGACUGGAUCUGUGCCCACUGAGGCUUUUCCGGUACUUCUUCCAGCUGUGCCUGCACAGGUUCUUUUGGAUUCUCUCCAGCGAAGUCAGUUUGAUGUGUUUGAUCCGAGGCUGGCACGUGGGGUUCUGGGUAUUUCUCCUUUGUGGUUUCAGAUGAAGCUGAAGUGGCAUGCGUGGAGAAAGUACUGAAAAUCAUCUUUUUACCUUGAUUAUUAGGAAGGGUUGGAGGCAAUUGGAUGUGAGGUUGUACAAUUUUCAUGCGUUAUCGGGUAAAAUUUAAAAUUUCAACGUUAGGAAAUUUGUAUCGUUAGGGUUAUUAUUAGUUUUUGUUCUCUCUACUUUCAGUAAGGCCAUUCAAUCGAAGUUGAUUUGACCGCCAAGCUAUUUUACA